AUGCCACACUGAAAAACGUUGCUUGCGUCGCGCGAACGGUAACAUAACCUCGAUGUGUGUUGCGGAAAAGGUGUAAACAAACCCGUCCAAUCGAUGCAUCUUUACGGUAUAUAUAUAUUACCGCUGAUAUAUUUGCCUAGCAUAAAUGCGCACUGGGUUAUCGGAUAUUGGAAGUGAUUGGAGAAAGGUUGUUUGUGCUGUUCAAAUCAAUAUGUCAUUGAAAAGGUUGAGAUAAAGGCCGAGCUUUGUCUACAAGCCCUUGCCAUAAAUGACCGGAACAUGAGGCACAGAUACUGUAGAUAGAGCACUUUAAUACAGCGCUAUAGUAUAUUUUUGGCUCUAGUAUGGAUGCUAAUUACUGACAAAAAUCCGGCGUAAAAAAGAGACCAAUGAGCUCAUCCAUAUAGCGCGUGACAGAGGACAUACAGCAUCAAGGAGGAACAUUUUCAUGAAUUAGGAUGAGAUGUUGAAAGAGAGACAGGGGUAAAGGUUCGUUCCACAGGUAGCCAGACCAGCACUAAGCGGUUUGAUGGUCUAAGCUGAUCUUUUUAGGGUAAAAUCUCUGAUUUCAAAAAUGUUUGAAAUGUUAUUUAAAAAUUGGGUUAUAAUCUUGUAAUAUACACACCAAGUUUAUACAUUAUAACAAAUCUGAAAAUAUCUUGCAUAAUAGAAUACAGUAUAAUAAAUAUUAUAAAUAAUAUAUUACAAUGUAUAAACAUUAAAGGAAUAUUUUAGGUUCAAUACAAGUUAAACUCAGUCGACAGCAUUUUUGACAUAAUGUUGAUUUCCUCAAAUUAUUUUGACCUUUUCUUUAAAAAUCAAAAAACAAAAACUGAGGUUACAUUGAGACGCUUCAAUGGAAGUGAAUUGGGCCAAUUUUUGUAGUGUUUAAAGGCAGAAAUAUGACGCUUAUAAUUUUAUAAAAGCACUUACAUUAAUUCUUCUGUUAAAACUCAUGCAUUAUUUGAGCUGUAAAGUUGUUUAAAUCAUCAUCUUUACAGUCAUUUUAGGGUUUCGGAGUUUGUUUACAUUACAUCGUCAUGGCAACGAAGUUGUAAAAUUGGCUAUAACUUUACACAGAAAAGGUAAGUAAGCGGUUUUAUCACACUAAAAUCAUGUUAACACACAUAUUGUGUAUGUCUUGUGGCUAUACUUUUGAAACGUUAACAUUUAUGGAUUGGCCCCAUUUACUUCCAUUUUAAGUGCCUCACUGGAACCCAGAUUUCUGCUUUCUUUUAAAGAAAAGGAUGGGCAAGUCAAAGUUAUUUUUUGUGGUAAUUAAUAUUAUGCCACAAAUACUGUCGACUGAGCUUAACCCAGAAUGUAUAAGAUAUGCUCCCAAGUUAUUAGUUAUGGUAGAUUUUAAGAACAAAUACCAUCUAGUGGUUGAUUGUAUACUAAUUACCUUUCUGUAUCCUAUCUACUGAGUUUUGCAGAUAUGAGUCAGUUGAGGCCCCUUGCUGGUGCCCUGAGAAGCAAUAGCAAAUGGAAGGGGCACGUGGGUUCAGGGAGGUGAGUUUUUGACCCACGUUGUAACUGUUCAACCAGGACUGCUGAGCCCUCACUGGCAGCCUGCAGCUCCAGCUACGUUGUGGAGAUGUACUACGCUUGGCUGGAGGAUCACAAAAAUGUUCAUGAAUCUUGGGAUGCAUACUUCCGUAACACCAAAGCCAGCAGUCUAGAGGAAACAGGAGAGAAGCGUCUUUCCACACUACUCCAAGGGCGAGGCAUGUCCCAGACACCUGCCAUGUCACAAAAGGUGGUGGAGGAUCAUUUAGCAGUCCACAAUCUUAUCAGAGCAUAUCAGGUACGUGGCCACCAUGUGGCCUGGCUGACCCUGGACCCUGUUGGCAUCCUUACUGUCAAUCUGGAUUCCUUCAUUCCCUCAGAUUUGAUCACGUCCAUUGACAAGCUGGCGUCAUAUGGCUUGGAAGAAUCUGAUCUGGAUAAGACAUUUCAGUUGCCACUAACCACAUUCAUUGGGGGAAAUGAAAGCACACUCCCACUGAGAGAAAUCAUACACAGGCUUGAGACAUCUUACUGUGGUCAUAUUGGGGUGGAAUUCAUGUUUAUCAAAAAUAUGGAGCAAUGCCAGUGGAUCCAGCAGAAAUUCGAAACUCCGGGAAUCAUGACAUUUUCUGGCAGAGAGAAGAGAACCCUACUAGAUAGGCUUGUUCGCUCAACACGAUUUGAGGACUUUCUAGCUCGCAAAUGGUCUUCAGAGAAGCGCUUUGGUUUGGAAGGCUGUGAGGUACUCAUCCCUGCCCUGAAGAUGAUCAUUGAUAAGUCCAGCGAAGCUGGUAUAGAAAGUGUUAUUAUGGGCAUGCCUCACAGGGGUCGAGUGAACGUACUGGCCAAUGUAGUCUGCAAAGAUUUGGACCAGAUUUUUUGCCAGUUUGAUCCCAAACUUGAGGCUGCAGAUGAGGGUUCUGGAGAUGUGAAAUAUCAUUUGGGGAUGUACCAUGAACGAAUCAACAGGGAAACAGACAAGAAUAUCACUCUGUCUUUGAUGGCUUACCCCUCUCAUCUAGAGGCAGUGGACCCUGUUGUUCAGGGCAAGACCAAGGCAGAGCAGUUCUACAGAGACACUGAAGGGAGAAGGGUAAUGUCCAUUCUCAGGCAUGGUGAUGCUGCAUUUGCUGGUCAGGGAGUCAUCUAUGAAACCUUUCACAUCAGUGAACUCCUUUCAUAUACCACCCAUGGCACCAUCCACGUUGUGGUCAAUAAUCAGAUUGGAUUCACCACAGAUCGCCGAAUGGCACGUUCCUCUCCCUACCCAACGGAUGUGUCUCACGUGGUCAACGCACCCAUCUUCCAUGUCAACGUUGAUGAUACAGAAGCUGUGAUGUAUGUGUGCAGGGUUGCUGAAGAAUGGAGGAAUACAUUCAGCAAGGAUGUGGUGAUAGACCUGGUGUGUUACCGGCGGUUUGGACAUAAUGAGAUGGAUGAACCCAUGUUCACUCAACCCCUCAUGUACAAGCAGAUCCACAAACAGGAACAUGUGCUGAAGAAGUAUGCAGACAAGCUCAUCUCUGAGGGAGUGGUAACACUGCAAGAGUUUGAGGAGGAAGUUGCUAAAUAUGACAAGAUCUGUGAGGAGGCAUACACCAGCUCUAAGGAUGAGAAGAUCCUACACAUCCGCCACUGGCUUGACUCACCAUGGCCAGACUUCUUCACACCAGAUGGAGAACCAAAGAGCAUGAGCUGCCCUCCCACUGGACUAAACGAAGAGGUGCUCAAGCACAUUGGUGAGGUAGCCAGUUCAGUCCCUCUAAAGGAUUUCACCAUUCAUAGUGGCUUGUAACGUAUCCUUCGUGGCCAAGCUGACAUGGUUGCAAAAUGCACAAUGGACUGGGCCCUGGCAGAGUACUUGGCUUUUGGCUCUUUGCUGAAGGAUGGUAUUCAUGUGAGACUCAGUGGACAAGAUGUGGAAAGAGGAACAUUUAGGGUCCAGAGUAUUCAUCAGCAGGGCCUGAGCGCUUCCUGCAGAUGAACAAGGACGACUCUGAUCGCUAUCCGGAAUUCACUGGAGACUUCGAGGUCCAACAGCUCUAUGACUAAUUGGAUUGUGGUCAACUGCUCAACACCUGCCAGCUACUUUCAUGUGUUAAGAAGGCAAAUUUUGUUACCAUUCAAUAUCGGAGUUCCCUUUUGACCUCAUCAAGGCUGAGUUUGAGCAGUAUAGCAAUGCUGAACUCAUAUGGUGUCAAGAAGAGCAUAAGAACAUGGGCUUCUAUGACUAUGUAAGCCAUGCUUCUGCACAGUGCUGUUGAACAAGAAUCCAAUAUGGCAUGUUGCCCGUGACCCUGCUGCAGCCCCUGCCACAGGCAGCAAGUUCUCAUCUGGCUGAGCUGAAGAGGUUCUGGACACUGCUUUUAACCUUGAGGCAUUCCAGGGCAGGAGUUUUUGAUGCUAUGCUGUCAGAUGUUAAAAUAAUAUUUAUAACAUAUGAUGUAGGUCUCGCUAUCAGUGCACAAUAUUGUAUGUGGUAGGUUUUUAAUAAAGUUUCCAUUUUAACCAAA